CAACAACCAAUAGUAAUGCGGCUUUAGAAAGGACACUCGAAGAAGAUACGCUCAUUAGGGGAUCUUCUGUGUUUUAGAUGAUGGAUCCCAGACACAAGCAAUUGCUGAGGAGGCUGCGACUCCAGUUGUGUACCGAGGGCCUAGCUGAUGGACUUGCUCCUCAGUACCUGUUCCAAGAAGGGGUUAUUACAGAGGAGCAACUAGAGGACAUCUGCUCUCAGACUACCAGCCAGAGGAGGACCAUGAAGCUCCUUGAUAUCCUCCCCACACGUGGUCCAAAAGCUUUUAAUAUUUUCUUGGACUCCUUGACAGAGUUUCCAUGGGUGCGUGAAACCCUUGAUAGGGAAUGCAAGAUUGUAGAUCUUCCUCCAAAAAGCAAUGUAGAGCUCACAGCAAAAGUCCUCAACAGCUCUCCCACUGAUAAGCAGCUCAAUCGCUUGGCUGUAAAAUUAGGAUCAGAGUGGGAGCAGAUACUAAUGCAUCUGGGACUCAACUAUGACCAACUGUAUAGGUGCAAAACUCACCAUCCCUACAGUGUAAGCUCACAAGUGUUGGAAGGACUAAUUAUGUGGAGACGGCAGAUGGGUAGUAAAGCCACUAUAAAGUGCCUGUCAGAUGCUCUGAAAGCAGCUGAGGUUGACACCUCAAUAUUACUUGACAUUUUGCAAUGAUAUUAAAGGGAACCCUCCAGGGAGCUUUAUAGACCAGUAAUGCAUAAUUAAUUGUGAAUAACAUAUAAUGGAUUAGCGGAUCAAAGCAAUUUCAAGCAGUGUCCUAAUGACAUUUUUUUUUAAUUGAGUCAAUGAUGACUUAACCAAGAGUACAGAAGACCGAUGAAGUGCUGUACUUCUAUGUCAUUUGGCACAUAUUUUGUCCAUGUAGCUUGGUUAUAACUUGUUUAUUAUUUAGGUGUUAACUGAGGAGGCACAUUCAUAAUAACAAAACAUUAAAUUAGACUUCUAGUUUUGAACUACUUAUUUCUGUAAACAUGAGUAUAUUAUAUUACUUUUUUUUUUGUCUUUUGGAAGAGUGAGUUAAUGUUACAUAAUAUGACAUCUUAAAAUAUGUGAUCUCAACAUUUAGAACAAAGUGAAUAAUAUUAAUUUUUGUCUUUCACUUUAUAGAAAUUAUAUUAUACAUUCUGUAAUAGUGGCUUUUUAUCAUUUAAGGGAUUUUCUGUAAAUUAAAGCUAUUAUCUGUAGGUUUCCUGUUUUUUUCUGAAGGAAUCUGAUUGGUAUAGGUAACAUAGAACAAAACAAAGAAACUGUCUUUUGAAACACUUUUCCAGAUGUUAUAGUGUAGUCAUUUUGGUGCCACAUACUUCAGGUGUAAAAAAUAGGAGUAUUGUGUUUCUGUACUGACAAUUUAUUACCAGAUCCACAGUUUGAAAAAGAAUAUUAAGCUUUUUGAAUUUAUUUGCUGUGUUGAAGAAUUCCAAUAAUUUAUUACAAAUUUCAUACAGGCUUAGAAGCUUAGAUGGACAUUAAAUGAUUCUUCAGUGCUCACUUUCUGUACAGGUUAAAUAAGUUAAUAACAAAAUGCAUUUUGUUAUACAAUGUAAUGUCUAUUUAACUAAAAACACUUUCCUGUUCCAACACAUAUUGGGCCCCAGGUUAUCAAAUGCUGGGCAGACAAGUUUCGCUCCAGGGAACCUGUCCGCAUGGCAUUGAGGUGAGCCGGCGAGCAGCAUUGCACUAGUGUCUCAUUGUACCAAAGGCGAUCAAAAGCUGUGUUAAUUGGAGCCCAUUGUAUUGUUUGGAGAAGUACAUGAUCAUAUAAAGUGCCUUUGAUGGCCAAACUGUGGUCCCCAGAUCAGAUUUAACAGUGUGAGGUACAUUGCAGCUGAUGGUACUAAACCCAUAUUGCUUCUGAAAGCUUGUACCAUCUUUAGUAUUUUCUACAUAACCCCAAUUUAAAAAUUAAAGUUUAAUUGUUCAGAUAGAGUAGUCAAUUUUAGGAGACUUUAAACAAAAUUAAAUUCACUAUGAUCAAAUUUACCUCAUUUAUUUGGUAUUCAAUGUGUUAUUGGGACUUAGCUGGUGAUUGCCUCUUUUUAUUGUCUCACCAUAUGUGUUCAGCUAGCUCCCAGUAGUGCAUUAUUUCUCUGAGACUGACUUUAUGGCAACAGUUACACUCUAUCAAAGUGAUCACAAUAGCUGCUUUUCUGCUCUUUCCUGCAGCCUCAAUCAUGUUUUCAGAUCCUCACUAAAGGGGCAGAAAAGUUCUUGUAAUCACAAUCCAUUUUCAACAACGUCAGAUUCAACACCUCAAGGCAUUUGAGAAAGUAUCAAAAUGGCAUUUUGGGCAUAUUUGCAACUAUCCCUACACUACACGGAAACCGUCUAUUAUAGUGCACUUGUGGAAAAAAAACGCUAAAAUGACCAAAGGAGACAUGUUAAAGGUGUAUUAACAUACAUGGUGUCAGUUAAAGGGAUAUGAAACCCAAAAAGUUUGUUUUGUGAUUCAGACAGAGCAUAACAUUUAACAAAAGUUUCUAAUUUACUUCUAUUAUCAAAUUUGCUUUGUUCCCUUAAUAUUUGGUGUUAAAGAGAUACCUAGGUAGGCAUCUUGAGCACUACAUGGCAGGAAAUAGUGCUGCCGCCUAGUGCUCUUGCAAAACGGCUGCCAUAUAGUGCUCCAGAAAUGGGCUGGCUCCUAAGCUUUACGUCCCUGCUUUUCAAGAAAAGAUACAAAGAGAAUGAAGAAAAAUUGAUAAUAGAAGUAAAUUAGAAAGUUGCAUGCUCUGUUUAAAUCAUGAAAGAAAACAUUUGGGUUUCAUAUUCCUUUAAAGCUUUAUUCAUCGCUAUUGUAUAGGCUGUAUACAGUGGAUGGUGCACACAUUUACAUCUAUAUAGGUUUAUAUACGUAUGAGUACGUUAUAUCCUGUAAAACUAUCUGCAGGAAUAGUCACAUCAGUACCCCAAUAUCUACAAAUGGCUUACUCUGUCUUUUUAUUCAUUUUUAAUGUUUGAUUCUAGGUCACACUCGCAUUGUCGUGUUAGUAACUAACAGUACAGAUGUCUUCACAAACAAGCAUUAAAACUGGAUUAAAAGGACAUGAAACAGUUUUUUAUUUCAUUAUUAAGAUAGGGAAUAAAAAUGUAAACAAUAUUCCAAUUUACUUCUAUUAUUUAAUUUGCUUCAGUCUUCAAAUAUUCUUUAUUGAAGAAAUAGCAAUGCACAUGGAUGAGCCAAUCAACCAAGGCAUCUUUUUUUGCAGCCACCAAUCAGCAGUUACUGAGCCUAUUCAGAUAUACUUUUCAACAAAGCAUAUCAAGAGAAUGAAGCAAAUUUGAAAAUUAUAAGUCAAAUAGAAAGUUGUUUAAAAUUGCAUGCUCUUACUAAAUCAUGAAAGAAAAAAAAAAUUGGGUUUCGUGUCCCUUUAAGCCAUCCAUCUGGAAAAUCAGAUUUUCUUUGUAAUUUUAAAUGAAUGUAAUAAUUUAUAUUGUUAGAUUUUUCAUACAUACUAUUUUUUCUGCAUAAAUUGCAAGAUGUUGAAUAGUGACAAAAAUAAUUGUUCUCUUUUCUGAUUUUUUAUUGAAUCAUAUCUGUAUAAAAUCAUACAUUGUGUUGUUUUGGGAAGGUGAAUUGAUGCGUAAUGUGGGAAAAUAAAAUGUGUGCUUGAAAUAUUUAGGAAAUAA